GAUCACGAUCGUUUAGUUUGUGCCUGUCUACUGUGUUGUUAACAGUUGUGUCUCUCGUCGCGUAUCAAAACAGUUCCUAGUGAUGCGAGUUGGAACAUGCGUGCGCGCGUUGCUGAUCGCGAUAGUGUUGACCAGUUGUGUAGUAGUAGGACGAAAGACGUUUUCGACUAGAAGAAAAACAGGAAAUAAUCGAAGAGGUGGUUCGACCAACUUCAAACACAAGCAGCCUCCACCUCCUGUCACUCCCCAGAAGGUGGACUCGUUUUUGGCAGCUGAGAGAGCAGGCUCAUCACACGGAACAUCACAUGGAUCUCCUGCUAUAACUAACACACACUACCGUGGCAGUCCGUUCGACAGUAAACCUCCGAAACAAACAGUGCCACAGACAAACGGUCCCAUCGGCUUUGAUAAGGUGAAUCAAGGUAACCCGAAGCCCCUGGGUUUUGAUAAAGUUAACUCUGAAGUGCAACAUAAAUCACCUAGUUCUAAUGUUCCUAUUGCUCCGGCGUAUCCUGGUAAAGCGUCAGCCCCAGCUAGUGCUCCUAACGGCCCUCCUCCUGCCUACCCCGGCCUUGGUGGCAACACUGGCUCACAUGGAGGGUUUGAGUCACCUCCAGCAUACCCUGGACGUCCUGUCAACGCACCACCCGUCUACUCCGCCACCAAUCCUAACAAUGGACAACGGCCUGGCUACCCGGCUCAGCAGAACUAUCCUGGACAGCAAAGCUAUCCGAGUCAAUCAAACUACCCAGGUCAGCAAAACUAUCCGGGGCAGCAGAACUAUCCUGGGCAACAAGGCUAUCCGAGUCAAUCAAACUACCCAGGUCAGCAAAACUAUCCGGGGCAGCAAAACUAUCCAGGGCAGCAAAGCUACCCUGGAUAUCCUAAUGCUGGCGGCUCUUUUGGUGGAUAUUCGAACCAAGGAUUAGGAUCUGGAGCUUAUGGUUCGUAUCCAAAUAGCGGUUAUAAUAAUUGGCAAUCAGGACAGUCUCACUCAGGAGGAUUCGGUGGGAAUCCGUACGGAGGAUCACCUUUUGGACACUCAAAUCCUUACGGAGGAAGUCCCUUUGGUGGACAGUCACAAUACGGAGGCUAUUCGGGAUUUGGAGGAAAUCCUCAUUACAGUCCUAAUAACUUUGGAUACAGUAAUAAUCCUGGAUUCUUUGGGUCAUCGUCUUAUGGAGGAAACAAUGGCUUUAUGGGUCAACACAAAAAGAGUCGGUGGGGUGGGCUCCCCAUUCCCAUUCCCAUUCCCAUACCGAUACCUCUUGGAAUGUUUGGUGGAUUCGGUGGUCGAAGCCAUAACCACCGUGUGCUAGACACGUUCGUCAAAAACCAAACAAUUGAUUCUUCUAACAACCAAACCACAAAUAUUUACAUAUUGAAUAAUUCCACCGUUACCCCUUGUACAACAGACCAGUUUGUUUACGAUUCCCUGAACGUAACAGUUAUGUCUUGCACAGCUGGUAACUGUACAGCUAUAAAAAUGUUUACUACAACCAACGUAUCGGGAGAAAUCUCAGUACAUUCUGCAGGUAUAACUAUGUGUCUUGAAAAUAAUAAUGUUACUUAUAGUUCCUUCGCUGACAAUGUAAACCCAACAGUGUCUGAUUUACACAAGUACUGGAUGAGAGUUUGCAGAGAGGGAGCUAUGACAAAUACAAACACUACUGGAAAUAAAACCGAACAAGUCCCACCAAAUACCACUGUUAAGAUAGAAGAGAUCUCCAUCAACGAAACCUCGAAGACUGAUAUCAACACGACUGUGGUUCCUACUGCCGAUAAUUCAACUGUAUCGUUAACAGAAUCCACCACCGUACCAUCAGUGACUGACCUCCCCACUGCCGUCCCAAUAGUGAAUUCCACAGUUUUCAACACCACUACUCCGUUAAAUCACUCAUCUUGUGAGAUAUUCAACUGUUCCUGGAUAGAAAUGUGUCUUCCUUCAAUUGAGCUGGUAGAUCGCUGCUCGACUCCCGACUGCCCCUUCUCCAGGACGGGCUAUCGUCCAUGCGUCAGGGUCAAAAUGUGCAAGUCACCUUUGACUCCAAUCAGCACUUUUGCUACACUCAAUAACACCAUCUCCCGCAUCGACCAGUUCAACAACAUCACUAGUGCCAGUGACGUGGCGAAUCUCACUUUAAUAUCCUAUGUUCCUCCCACGUUCCCUGUGAACUGCUCUCAGAACGCGACUGACCCGAUGUGUCAGCCGCCACCGAGUUUUCCUCAGGAGGCUUGUGUUCUUGGAGUCAAUUCUACAGAUUGUGUUCCGGCUGAAGGUGUUCUUGCUCCGACGGUAUUGAACACAACAGGAGUGGAGGCGACGUCUACUGAAACUCCUGAUGCGUCACAAACCGUCCUUGGAGAUAUUAAACUGAUUUUUCCUGGAGAAGGCGCUGAUAAGGCGGAGGAGCUGGUGAAAGAAAUGCAGACGCAAGCCUCAUGAACAUAGUAUCUGCCGUCGCAAACUACUGAUUAGUCUAUGUAUAAUAUUGUAAUAUAUUUGCCUACAAAUGAUUUGGAGUGAUAUUAUUUUUGUAUUGAGGUAGUCAUUAGUUGUAUCAUAAAGUUUAAAAUAUAUGACUUAUUUUUGAGUUUUUAUAA